CUGUUGGGUGUCCCCUCUGGAGAGGGAUCGGGACUGUGGAUCAGCGCAGCGAAAUGUAGCGCCUCGCUGCCCUCAAAGCCGGAUUUGGAGACCUGCCUGCUGUCUACUCAUGAUUUUUCUGUAGUCUGGUCCAGGGCAUCUGCUGCAGUCAUGUUUAGGAACAGCUUGAAGAUGCUGCUGACGGGGGGGAAGGCCAACCGCAAGAGUCGCAGCAGUGAUGGUGGGAGCGAGGACUUGGCAGACCCCCGCUCGCCCAGUCUAGACCCUCACCUGAGCCACGUCGGCCAAGGUGGCAGCAUAGACAGCGACUGUGCCUUUGAAGGAGACUACGCUGUGCCCCCGCUCUCUAUGACCGAGGGCAUGCAGCAUAUUCGUAUAAUGGAGGGCGUGUCACGCUCGCUGCCCUCCUCCCCACUGCUCACCCACCAGACCAUCAGUGUCAGGCUACAGCCUGUGAAGAAGCUCACAGCCCCUCUGCGGAAAGCAAAGUUUGUGGAGAGCCCUCGCAUUCCACAAUCAGAGCUUGGCUCCCCUACACACACCUCCACCACUGCCAAGAAUCCAGACCUGGACACGUACUGCCCUGGGGAGUCAAGCCAGGAGCUGGGCCCCCCUCCGUCGGUGGAUGAGGCAGCCAACACAUUGAUGACGCGCCUGGGUUUCCUUCUGGGAGACAAAGUGAGUGAGGGGCCAGCCGGUACCCAGUACAGCAUGGAGGAACCCGAGGCGAGACAGGGCCAGAACCAGAGGAUCAGCCCGUGCUCCACCCUGACCAGCAGCACUGCCUCCCCCCCUGCAGGCAGCCCCUGCUCCACCCUCCCCCCGGCCAUGCCUGGCCAGGCCGGCAACAAGGACUGUGCCUACGGUUCUGUCACCAGUCCCACCUCAACACUGGAGAGCAGGGACAGCGGGAUUAUCGCCACUCUGACCAGCUAUUCCGAGAACAUGGAGCGAGGCGGCAAAUACGGCGAGGGCUCCCGGGCGAACCUCAAACUGUGGCAGUCCCAGAAAUCAGGCAUGGAUUCGUUCCUGUACAGGGUGGAUGAAAACAUGACAGCCUCCACCUACAGCCUCAACAAAAUCCCUGAGCGCAACCUGGAGAGCAUGUCCUCCCACUCUGCCCACUCCAUCCCUCUGUACCUCAUGCCCCGCCCUAACUCUGUGGCUGGUGAGUCCCUUCCUCUCUCCCUCCCUCUCCCACGAAAGUAGAAAAGGAUGCAACAGUUUGUCUGGGGAGCCAGGAA